CCGAGAAAGUGCUUAUCCGUGACGAAUGCGUGGGUGGUUUCGGAGUUGCAGCUGUCAGUUUCAAGCUCAUUGUUCUCCUUGUCUGCUCGGAGAACCAGGAGUAUAUAUACAUGGCUUGAAGUAUUCCUGAAUCAAUUCCAUUUCCUCCAGGAUCAUCAGUGAGGAGACUCAGGACUAGGGAAACAUGGGUGGGUUUCGGUUGAGCGGCGCAGGAGCCCUCACUCUGCUCUCUAUAGUUUUUCUUAUAUCGCAAGCGUUUGUGAUCCCUGCAUUCAGCCGGGAGCUAUUGGAGAACACGAGGGACGGGGCUGCGAGAGAUGUCGACAAUGACGAGAUCACUGAAUAUGACAUCACCGGAACUGUUGUGCUGAGACGGGGUGUCCUUGAGGCCGAGACUGUCGGUGAAGCUGGGGUUGGAACCCAGAAGACUGCUGCACCUAGCAGAAAGAGAGGAUGUUCAUGUCGUGGCAAUGGGUCACCAGGAAGGCCAGGUGGGGGAGGCGGUGGAGGCGGAGGGGGCGGUGGGGGUUCCGGUGGGCGGUCAUGGUGUAAUUGUCGUGGAGGAGGUAGAGGAGGCCGUGGUAGUGGUGGUGGAGGCAAUGGCGGUAGUGGAGGAGGCGGAGGUGGUGGUGGCGGUGGCGGAGGUGGUGGUGGUGGAGGAGGCGGGGGCGGAGGUGGCGGUGGCGGUGGCGGAGGUGGUGGCGGUGGAGGUGGUGGCGGUGGAGGUGGUGGAGGUGGAGGAGGAGGAGGUGGUGGUGGAGGAGGAGGUGGUGGUGGUGGUGGUGGCGGUGGUGGAGGUGGUGGCGGUGGUGGUGGUGGAGGGGGCGGAGGUCCCAAAUCUGGAGGUGGAGGUGGAGGUGGCGGUGGAGGUGGUAGUCACGGUCCAUGA